GGGCGUGGCUACAGGAGAAACAUGGCUGCGCCCGUGUGAAAGUCAUGUUGUAUUCUACUCUCCUGUAAAACCUUUAAAAACCCGUCAUUUCACAAUAUUUACGUAUUUUGUGCAUCGUGCAAAAAUAUACUUAAUGUGCUUGUACUUAUUUAAAUUGUUUUUUUUCGAAUGUGUUGCCAGUAACUUGCCGUAACCUGAAAAAAUGGAUCAUGAUCAACAACAACUGAGAAAUUUGCGGGAUUUCCUCCUGGUUUACAAUCGUAUGACAGAGAUCUGCUUCCAGAGAUGCACCAGCAAUAUGAAUUACAGGAAUCUCACCAUGGAUGAAGAGAAAUGUGUGGAUAGCUGUGCAGGCAAACUAAUCCGCUCCAACCACCGCUUGAUGGGAACGUACGUGCAGCUCAUGCCACGGAUCGUACAGAAGCGGAUGGAGGAGAUGGAAAGCAAAGCGGCGGAAGCAGCUAAGCCUGGACUGGCCCCCGACUCACAGCAACCUACAGCAGGCACCGGAGGUGGCCCAGAGGCUCCGCCAGUAGCUGCAGCAGAGUCCUCAGCAUGGGGUCUAGCAUCAGCAGCAACACAUCCAUCAACUGCAACAGAGAUGGCACCAGUGAUGUCAAACAUGAAGAAGACCCUGCCGUCGCUAGUAGAAGACCCUGCCUCUGUGCAGCCUCAGGCAAUCCCACCCAUUCCACCCAGUAGCAGUGGAACCCUGCCAGCUGCAGCAUCAGAACCUUCCAUUUAUGUUGGACAGCAACCCAGACCAACAUCUUGAUUAAAAUAAAUAAAUAUACUGUACGACAUAGUAAAAUAA